UCAUCUACUUCGGACGCUGCAUCACUCUACGCUGAAACUUUAACUCAGGUGUGGAUGCUGGACUGCUAAGUUUUGUAAAUAAUACUUGUACAAAUAGUGGCGGCACCGGCUCACUGUCUCACCCCAGUUCACGCCAGCAGAAACUGCAGGAGCCUCACAAUGGUGAUCAACUGCACAAACUUAAACGAAGUGCUGGAGAGAUACUACUUGUCGCCGCUCUACGCGCUCGAGUUCUGCGUCGGCUUCCCCAGCAACCUCGUCGUCGUGCUUGGCUACGUAUUUUGCUUGCAGGAGUGGCAGAGCUGCAACAUUUACAUCUUCAGCCUGGCCAUCUCCGACCUUGUGUUCCUCUGCACUCUGCCACACCUCUCCUACCUGUACGCAAACGAGCACGCCGUCAACGACCCCUCUGUUUGCGUCAUAAACCGCUACGUCCUGCACGUCAACCUUUACUCCUCCAUCCUCUUCAUGGUUUGGAUCAGCAUGGAUCGCUUCCUGCUCAUAAAGUACCCGAUGAGAAACCACCGCCUGCUGAGACCGAGAGCGGCCCUGGUCAUCACGGGCCUGACCUGGCUGGUGGUGAACGUGGAAGUCUGUCCGUUGAUAACCCUACUGGUGCAGGACUUGCAGGAACAGAACUGGACCCGCUGCGGGGAUUUCGCCAGUCUUAAAGGAGAUAUUAACCCACUGGGCUACAGCUUGGGGUUGACAGUAACCGGCUACAUCCUUCCUCUGCUUGCACUGUGCUCCUUUUCCCAGAAAAUCUCCCAUCUCCUCCAAAUGCAGGAACGAGCUGUACAGCACAGGACGUCCUACAAGAGGCCUCUCAGAGUUGUUGCUUCAGCCACGGUCAUGUUCCUCAUCCUCUACACCCCGUAUCACAUUCUUAGAAACGUCAGAAUCGCAUCUGAGCAGCCUUGGGCCCAAGUUCACAGUUCUUCCCUGGAUUACAUCAAAGCCACGUACAUCUUGACGCGACCGUUGGCGUUUUUGCACAGCGUCAUUAACCCGGUCUUCUACUUUCUCAUGGGAGACAAGUUCAGAGAGCUUCUAAUUUCCAAAGUCAGAAACGUGAGCAGCAAAACCAAGCAUAGACGAGAACCAGCCUGAGCACAGGAGUCUUGAAUUAUCACAUGCAAACAAACCACAGUGUUGUAAACACAUAAUUCUUGAGAUGUCAGAGUCUUAGCACUUAUUUCUAAAAUGCAAAUUAUGUGGCGGCAUUUUGCUAAGUGCAAAAAGCAUGAUGAUUUCAUACUUUGUACGUUUAGAGUCUAACGUGUUACUUAUGUCUGGUGGCCUGUGACACGGAAUAAUCCUUUAUUUUCGUACAUAGAUAUAGUAGGCACAAUAAUUUCUAGGAGAACUUGUACAUUUGUGUAUAUAACAUAUGCAUUUUUAAAUAUAUAUAUAUAUAUAUAUAUAUACUGUAUAUACUGUAUAUA